GAGGUAUUCGGACUUUUCGACGUCACAUUCGCCACGCCCCCUAAAUGACUGUUGAUAUUUUUUUCAUUCGAUAAAAACACUAUUGAAAUUCUUGCAGUUUCUAGCCUUUUCCUCGACGUCAUCCUAAGAAAUCGAGGAACGAUUCAAGAAGGAACGUGAGUUUCUAGAGCGCAAACCAUGGUCUACGUGUCGUCGGGAGGCACUCUCGGUGGCAGCAAAUCACCCUGGCAACUCUCUACCUGGGUUGACUGGUUUUGGGGCUUCAUCAACUUCAUUGUCCUAUUUUUCAGAACAUUGUUCAACCCUAAAUUGAACAGGCUUGACGAUGGAAAUAAACAGUACUCAAGAGACCACAAACCUCCAGGUGGAGGCCCGCCGAGACCGCCAACGAGAAGAACGGGAGGUUUUGGCACCAUCAGCAGCCUUCCUGGACCUCCGAUGGGAGGUGGAUGAGCUCGUUAAAGCCGUCUCGCUGUAAAAGUGCGACGGCCGACCUCACUUGAGUCUUGAGCCAUUUCUCUCCAACCUGAGAGCCUAUGACGCGUUUCCUGAAACCUCCUGGAGGCCAGGUCACUGCCGACGCCGGUUCUGGGACUCAAGUUCCACUCCUUCCGCCCCUGUAUAAAUUCCAAUUCUUCGAAAGAAUCAGUUUCCCCUCUCUUUUUUUUUUGCAAAAACUUCAAAUUUUAAAUAAUUUGGUUCUAUCUAAGUCUAUAUAAUAAUAAUUUAAGUAAAUAAAUCUCCAUUAUUAAAUUUGCAGAUAA